AUGGGUGACAGUCUGACACAGCUGCAGGAUGCAGUUGACCAACUCGCCCAGCAGUUUGUUGCAAGCUUGCACUUCGUCCACCGUCGGCACGAUCUCGAGACUCUUGGGCCGAACGACCAAGUUCGCGAUGUUAAACAGGAUCAAGGCGCCAAUGAAGUGGACGCUUUGCCGAACGACGAGUUCCGUGCUGGUCUUGAGGAGCUGUCAUGCGACUUAAUACUAAAGGAGCAGCAAAUCGAAGUUUUAAUAUCGCUACUUCCGGGACUGAACAAAAGCGAGCAGGACCAGGAGCAAACCGUCAAGGAAUUGGAAGAAGAACUGAAGGUUGCCGAGGCGCAAAGGCAGGAAGCCCUGAAAGAGAGGGACCGUAUUCUCUCCCAGUUGGAUUCAGUAAUCCGCAGCAUCAGGCGACCUUGA